GUGGAAGCUUCAGAGUUGAGGAUGCAUCUGGACAUCAUAAAUCCAGCAUGAUCCAUUGAACCGUUUCAAGUCUAUCUUCACGUCUAUCAUACUACAGUACAGUUGAUAAGUCUCGCUUGAUUUUCAACCAUGGAUAAUGUCUACCUUGGCGUGUGGACAAAUUGGUCCAAUGGUACGAUUAUGGGCGCAACUCUGACGACGACUCGAGAUCAUGGAAAUCUGCUCAUCGCACUCACUGGUUUUCUGGUUCCUUUCGUUGCUUCUAGGUUCUGGACUAUCUUCUGCCUGGUCUUGCAUCAGUACUUGUCCACCUCCGAACCACGUGAUGCCCUUCAUCAUCAGCGACAGGUCAUUCUCCGCAACUCCUUCUCUCCAGACUCGGGACUUUACUCACUCUUCAGCCUUCUCUGGGCUUGGCGUGGUACACGCGUUUCUGAAAGGGCCAAACGAUACUAUUCCCGCUUGCUCCCUAUCAUAACUUUCGCAAUUUGCUGUAUAUCCGCUUUCACUGUGGCUGGUGCAUUCUCUUCUCAAAUAUCCUCCUCUCCUGGAGAUGAAGUCUUGAUUGUUGGCAACAAUUGUGGUGUUACGUAUAUUCCCGUCAACUUUACCAGUUCAACAACGAAGCCUUUUUCGGUGGCGAACGAGAAACUUAACGACGCAGCCAACUAUGCACAGCAAUGUUACUCAGCAAAUAGCUCUGGGAUUCUUGGUUGUGAUCGAUUCAUUGAGCCUAGUCUGCCAACAUCAAUUACAAAUGGGGCAUACAGCUGUCCGUUCGAAAGCGAGAUCUGUCGCACUGACGAUGCAAAUCUGCUCCUGGAUACUGGAUUCAUUGAUAGCAAUGACAACCUUGGACUCAACGCCCCAAAAAGUGAGAGGUUCGCCUGGAGAUAUGUUCUGCAGUGCGCUCCACUCGUCACAGAAGGUUACACGUCGCAAGUUACAGUAGGAAAUACGACUUGGGCAAGAUACAAUUACGGAGGGCUGACAGCUAACGCCGUGCGCAAUACAACAUCUAAUUACACAUAUGAGAUUGAGGACCUCAGUGCUCAAUACUAUAUGCUCAAUGGUGGUGGUCUACCUGGUCAAAUUGCCGGUCAGCUUGGCGGUAAUUACAGGCUGAGUACUCUGCGGGCUAUAAAUUUGGAAGGAGUUCCCCAGGCAUCUCUUGGCGGAUUUAUACCAUCAACGCCUCUCCUUCGACCGGAUGGAGAUGUUUCUGUCAUCUUUCUAUCUGGCAAUGGUAUCUUCUUCAACGGACCAAUGGACGACGAUUGGUAUAGAGCAACUACCUUUGGCCAGAAGUUGGCCCAUACCGCUGAUAUGUCUUCUGAAGGGAUAGUAGAAGCAUACAUCCCUACAGAAGCAGCAAGUCCAAUGGGAUGUGUUGAGCAGUGGCAAUGGUGUAACUCUGCUUAUCCAAAAGAGGAAGGUUGCGGACCUCUAGCUGGUUUACUGGAUUCUAUCUUAGGCGCGGCACCAUUCUUUAAUCUAACAGAAGAAGAUCUUGCCCCCGAGCGGCCGGUAUCUCCAACGGCAAGUGGAACGCGCUUGAUAUGGCCUGCCUUGAUGCAACUCUUUGGCGAAAACAAUGUUGGAGAGUUGCUUAAUCAACUUGGAGCGCAGUCACUUGCUUCUCAAUCUUUAUUGACUAGCGGCCUUCAAGGGCCACUUCCCAAGAAUCAAUGGCAGCUUGACGUCACGAAUUGGUUCAAUACAGUCCUUGCUUCGAUACAAGCUCUGUAUGUAAAUACAGCAAUAGGAACGACAGACCCUGGAUUGGUACAAAAUCAAUACCCUCCUUUGAACGAGCAGGAACGGAAAGUGUGUAAUAGCCAGAAAAUUCGCAAUUCCAAUUAUUCAUCUUUCAGCUUAUUCGGUCUCUUGUUCACGUAUAUCACGGGCGCUAUCAUUACCGUCGCAUCUCUCGCUCUUGAACCCAUCUUAGGCUGCUUACAAAGACGACGAAAGUAUAACUCAUACUCCUACCUCGAAUGGACGACCAAUGGCACCCUGCAACUUCAUCGUCUUGCACAAGAAGAGUUAAGGUUGGGAACUUGGUCUGGGUGUUCCGACAGAAUCCCGGUUACAAAAUCAAACGAAACAAUGGCCGGUCUGGACAUUAGCCGCUUGGAUCAUCCAAUCCUGGCUUGGCCAGGAAUCACGGCGGGGAAGAGGAGUAUGACAGAGUCAAGCUCAAACUAUGAUGAUGGAAAAGACGAUGUCAGUUCAUCUGAUCGCGCUCAUGGCUCCACACACUCCUCGAUGACUCUCCAUUCUCCCAACGAGGACCAUUCACCAGAGAACGAUCAUGGAAUUCAAUACAGCCCGCAAACGGAAGAUUCGCAUGACGACCGCAACGACCAAAGUGACAAGGACCAUGUUACUGUCACAGUUCGGAACCUCGAUCUUGACCGCAAUAACACAGAAAACUCUGAAGGUUGAAUGACCCAUAAAUCAAUAUUACGCCUUUUGAGGUGGCUGCCCGUCAGAUUCGAGGUCUCAACAGCCGUGUGGCAAUACGGA